UCGCGACCUCGUGAACCUGGACUUGUCACUCGUGUUCCUGACGCCAGGCUCUGUUGCGAUCGUUCCUAUAGCACCGCCGCCGCCGCCACCUACAUACCACAAACACCUCUACGAACCAAGCUGACCAUGGCAAGAUGUUAUCAGUACUCUGAUGGCGAAGUCCGAUGCUACAACAGCGCCUGGGAUAACUGGGCACGAUGGCUCGUCCUCGCCCUCAUCAUCGUCGCCGCAUUCCUGCUCUUCUUCACUUUCAGCUGCAUCUCCGCGCGCCGACGAAGAAGGAUGGGAUAUGCGCCAUAUCGAGGCACAGGCUGGGCAGCAGGUCGCCACGGACCAGUACAGUACAAUCAACAGCCGCAUUAUGGCAACCAGCAGCCAUAUUACAACAACAGCAAUAACCCUGCGCCGCCCGCCUACACUCCUCCGCCGAACCAGGGCUACUACGGUGGACAGAACAAUGCGUAUCGUCAGGGCAACGAUGUGGAAUUGCAACAGCCGGCGAACACGUACGGAGGAGGAUAUCGUGGUGAGGCGGGUGUGUAUGAGGCGCCAAAGGGACCACCACCAGGCCGAUCUUAAGCGUUCUGCGCAUUACGAGGGAAUCAAGAAGGCAGAUUGAGCUUGCUGGGAAAAGACUGCGCGCGUCGGCGAGAAGACUUUGAUUGAAUUCAGCCAUCUUCGGGCGCAAAUGGUCACGGUAAUCGUGGGAUGGAAGUGGAAGUGGAAAUGCGAUCACGUCUGUUGCAUUGCCAUGACCGAUAUAGCAUACGAAGACUACGGCCCAUCAUAGUAUCAUCGGCAUGCCC